CAUUUUGCAUUCGACUGCGGUCCGCGAAUAUUAUUUUCCUUAGUGGUUUCCAGUGUCGAUAUCGCCACCGGACACGAUGGACGGUCCACUGACAGGAUUGUUCCUGAUAAUUUUAACCACAUACUGUGCGACCGGCGACACAAGUAAUUCAAAACUACCAGACGAAAACAUCACAGCUGGACACGAGCUGAGAAAACAACUGUUGAAAAAUUACGACAAAAUAGUGGUGCCCGCUACAAGCAAAAAACCCGUUCAUAUGAAAGUUAACGCUGUAUUUAACAGCGUGGAAAUGAGUUACGAAACGUCUCAUAUGAUCAUUUACGCCAACUUAAAAGUGGCGUGGAUUGACGAUCGACUGACAUGGGACCCGAACGAUUACGAUAAAAUCAAUUUCAUAGCUGUUGAGCACAACGAAAUUUGGCAUCCAGACAUCAUGGCCUACAACAACAUUGAGGCCAACACCGUAGUGCACGGAAACACACAGAGCAUCGUGUUCAACACCGGAGACGUCUUGUGGGUGCAACCCGUGCAGUACAGGAUAUACUGCCAAGCCGACAUGACCCAUUGGCCGUACGACAAGCAGACCGGACUGUUGAUUGUCGGGUCGUGGGUGUACAGCACGAACGCGAUAAACAUAACGGACGCGGCGCACGAGAUCUCCCUCACCCCUCACACGGAAUGGCAGAUAUUACGAAUUUCCAGCGAUAAAAUAACGAAAUUCUAUUCGUGUUGCCCGAACGAACCGUACGUCAGCGUCGAGUACAACAUUACCAUCAAUCGCAAGUCCAACCAAUAUCAUCCGGUGGUUUUCGUACCGGCCUUAUGUACAGCACUGUUGAAUUUACUGGUGUUUGGACUUUCGCUAGAUGACUGCAGAUACAAACUUACAAUAAGUCUAUUCGACGCAUUGAUUGUUGUCGUCAUUCUACAGGUGCUGUACUCGAAAAUACCUUUGAUACUAUCCACAGUUCCAUUAAUUGCUUUAUACUACACGUACAGCCUGGGACUGAUAGUUUUGACGGCUAUAAUAUCAGUGGUGAUAAAAAAUAUGACAAUAACACGGAAACCACUUUCAAAACCCAUUUCAAACAUCGUUGAAUCCAAAUUUAUAGAAUUCCUAGCAAUGGGAGUGGACGGACCAUCGUCGAGCAACCAAACUCUAAACGAAGACAAAGAAAUAGAUUUACAAUAUAUAGAGUAUAACAAAAGACAGACAUUCGCUAAAAUAAUCGAUAAAAUAUGUUUUAUUAUAUUUUCAAUUAUUUAUGUUAUUCUUCUAUCACGCUUUGUAUUUUAGUUGAUGGAAAUAAUAUGAUAUUUUUAAGUUAUUUAUCAUUUACAAUAUCAUAUAAUUUGGAUUAAUUAAUGUACAAUAAUAUUUAAUUAUUAAAAUUUGGCAUCGUAUUUAUGUUAUUCUUCUAUCACGCUUUGUAUUUUAGUUGAUGGAAAUAAUAUGAUAUUUUUAAGUUAUUUAUCAUUUACAAUAUCAUAUAAUUUGGAUUAAUUAAUGUACAAUAAUAUUUAAUUAUUAAAAUUUGGCAUCGUAUUUAUGUGCUUGCAAAUGUAUACUCCAGCUGUUCUAGCAGUGGAAGUUCCCAGAUAUAUUAUCUAGAAAUUCAUUUUUAUUUUUAGACGAAUUAUAAUUAUAUUUUUAAAUCAAAUCACAUUAUGAUUGUAUCAAAUAAUAACAAUUAGCAAUUUGUCAAUGCAACGUCUUAAAAACAGGGCUUGUAUUUGAAAAAAAUUUCUUUUUUCGUUAUUUAGCAUUAAAAUGUUGUACCUACAA